AUGGGUCAGGGUUUUUCCCUCACUACGCUUUCGGCUGGUUCGGCCAACAUCGACGUACCCGAGCUAGCCGAUUUGCAGUAUGAAAAGUCGCUGGGAGCCGCGCGGUUCAUGAAAGCUGUACGGGCACGCCACAAGGAUGGUCUUGUUGUAGCACGAGUGGUGAUGAAACCAUAUGCACAGUUUGACUUCCAAGAACAUGUCAAACGGCUACUGCAUGAACGCAAAGUGCUUGCUGAUGUGCCAAAUGCUGUGCCAUAUCACCGCGUUAUUGAGACCGCAGCUUGCGGUUAUCUUGUACGCCAAUACAUCCAUAGCUCCCUGUACGAUCGUUUGAGCACGCGUCCAUUCUUGGAGGAGAUUGAAAAGAAAUGGCUAUCAUUCCAGCUUCUUUGCGCUGUGCGAGAUUGUCACGCAAGAAACAUUUAUCAUGGCGAUAUCAAAACUGAAAACGUCCUUGUCACGUCAUGGAACUGGCUGUAUCUCGCCGACUUCUCCUCAUCAUACAAGCCAGCACAUCUACCGGAAGAUAACCCUGCCGACUUCUCCUUCUACUUCGACCUUUCCGGUCGUCGCACUUGUUACCUUGCACCGGAGAGGUUCCUAGCUGCUGGACAGCAACCUGAAGGCGAGGGCGAUGUCAAUUGGGCCAUGGACAUCUUUAGCGUCGGCUGUGUCAUUGCCGAACUAUUCCUGGAAGCACCCAUCUUCUCUCUGAGUCAGCUCUUCAAAUAUCGACAAGGCGAAUACAAUCCCGAACAUUCCCAUCUCAACAAAAUACAGGAUGCUAGUGUACGCGAGUUGAUCUUGCACAUGAUACAGCUGGACCCUAAUUCGCGGAUGACUGCUGAAGACUAUAUGACGCACUGGAAGGGCAAGGUGUUCCCAACAUACUUCUAUGGCUUCUUGCAGCAGUACAUGUACUCAAUCACCGACCCAUCCUCAGGGCGCAAACCCGUAACCACUGGUUCAGAACAUCUUGGGGAACCUGAUGAGCGCAUAGACCAAAUAUACAGCGACUACGACAAAAUCUCGCACUUACUCUCCAACGAGGAAGGAAAGGAGCUCACUAGACCAGAGUUCUCUCCUCCAAAGCCAAACGCCAAACUCUUUCCGCUCUUUGUCAACAUACCCAACUAUCAGCAUCAAGCUUCUCCUGCUCGCAGUCUUGCCAUCGAUGACGGCAAUUUGGUUUUUCUUACGAUCGUUGUGUCCUGUUUACGGGGAACAGCCAGAGCUUCGGCCCGCGUUCGGGGCCUCGAAUUACUCCUGGCAUUCUCAGAGCGCUUGACAGACGAAGCAAAACUGGACCGAGUGAUACCCUACGUGGCCCAAUUGCUAGUCGACAAGUCUGAACAGGUCAAGAUUGCGGCCCUACGCACGUUGACGCAAAUUCUCGCCAUGGUGCAAGUUGUCUCUCCCAUCAACGCUUACAUUUUCCCAGAGUAUGUUUUGCCACGACUAGAGGCAUAUCUUCCCGAUAGUCCUACCAACGUUGGUUCCCUUGUUCGUAUGCAGUAUGCUUUUUGCAUUGGCACAUUGGCAACUACUGCAGCUAGAUAUCUAGACAUGAUCCAAGCUCUGCGCGCAGAGGGAUCUCUACCCACUGCAGAUCCCGAAACGGAAGACGACAUGUCUUCCUCCGCUCACCGGAACCAGUUCGACUCGGAUCGUCGCAUUCUUGUGGAAGCGUUCGAGAAACAUACGAAAGCUCUUCUUACUGACAGCGACGCUUCGGUUCGCCGAGCCAUGCUUAAAUCUGUUUCAGACCUUUGCGUGUUCUUCGGCAGCCCUAGGGCCAAUGACGUCGUUCUCAGUCAUCUCAAUACGUACUUGAACGACCCAGAUUGGAUGCUCAAGUGUGCAUUCUUUGAGGCAAUUGUCGGCGUGGCCGUAUUCGUGGGCGGUGCUAGCUUGGAAGGUUACAUUUUACCGCUUAUGGUCCAGGCCUUGACGGAUCCGGAAGAGUUUGUAGUUGAGAAGGUCAUUCGAGCGCUUUCAUCCAUGGCAGAGCUUGGCUUGUUCCAGCGCUCGAAAACUUGGGAACUGGUGGACAUUGUUGCCCGACUUACAAUGCACCCUAAUCUGUGGAUACGAGAGGCAGCUGCACAAUUCAUCUCAGCUGCCUCUAGGUAUUUAUCAGUGGCCGAUACGCACAGCAUCUUGGUCAACCUCAUUCGACCGUAUCUCAAAGUUAUACCCUCAGAGUUCUCCGAACUACGAAUCUUGGAGUCCUUGAAGUUACCCAUGUCACGUUUGCUCCUGGAGAUGGCCUCAAAUUGGGCGCUACAGUCCGAUAAGGGACAGUUCUGGGUUGCAGCCAGGCAUCAGCACACCUUUACCUUUGGGUCAUCAGGUGAUAGCCUUCCAACGAUCUCUGGGCGCGAACUAGACCAGAAGGUUUUACAGCGGCUAUCAAAAACCGAGGAAGACGAGCUAUGGUUACGAAAGCUUCGCAAUGCAGGCAUGACAGCAGAGGAUGAUUUCAGACUCAUUGCCCUGCGGGAAUUUAUUUGGAGAGUAAGCCAUCGCCGCCGCUCUGACAGCCUUUCUACUCCAACUACGAAAUUCAAUAGUGUUGUAUUGUUGCACGAUCUUGGCAUCAAAGCCCAGACUGUGCUCUUCGAUGAAGACGUCCGUCAAGUCAUGGAACAAACCAGGAAACCAAAUGCUCCAGAGGAACACAUGCAACCUCGAACGAUCAAGGACGCCCUAUUGGAUGCAUCGACUACUGAGGCCAAUGGGCUGGCUGACCGUAUGCCUCAUUUUGAAAGUCAAGCGGGACGACUUAUACGCGAAGAGAGGGGCAUAACAAUUCCGAUACGAUCGAAAACGUCUUCCUCCAACGAUGUACACUCUGGUAUAGGCUCGCCACCUUCCGAGACCGAUACGCGCCGAAGAUCAUUACAUAUCACGAAGCCUUCUCUUUCGCCAUCAAACUCUAUCGGCUCGACUGAUUACUCAAAUGGCCUUCGACACCACAGUAGCGCGUUGGGACUGCUCGGCAAAGGAGAGAACAAAGCCCUAGCGGAAAUUGGUACGACAUCUGCAAACGUUUUCGGAAAGGUCGAUGGUACUCAUGUCCGAGAUUCUUCACGAUCUCGACCGCCAAACUCCCCUCUCGCUAUCGACCGACAUGAACGAAGUCCAAUGCGGAUUCGAUUUAGGAACGCACAUAACUACACAGGCAACGAUCCGGCAAUCCUCAAGCUUCUAGAUUCAAUGCUCCUUGAGCGCUUCCCCACAGAUGAGAUUGAGUUUGGGCCUCGCAUACAACCUCCGAUUCGGCGACAGCCCAUCAGGUACAAAGAUGCUCAUCAGUCGCCAGCCGGCAUACCAUGGAGACCGGAGGGUACCUUAGUGGCUAGCUUCGGAGAGCAUACCGCUGCAGUAACUCGAAUUCUUGUAUCGCCGGACCAAAGUUUCUUCAUUAGCGGAUCAGAUGACGGUACUGUGAAGGUCUGGGACACGUCGCGUCUCGAGCGUAACAUUACUCGGAGAUCGCGACAAACUUACAGAUUGGGUGAAGAUGUCAAGGUCACAAGUUUGGUGUUUGUAGAACAGACCUACUCUUUUGUCGCGACGGGAAGCGAUGGAAGUGUACACGUGGUACGCGUAGACUACAUCCAGAGUCAGGAUGGCAAUGCAAAGUUUGGAAGACCUCGACUUCUUCGCGAAUAUCAGCUUCCUAAAGGCGACUUUACCGUAUGGUCGGAACACUACAACGGAGAUAAUAGGUCGGUGCUUCUGUUAGCCACCAACACCUCAAAGGUCAUUGCGCUGGACUUGAGAACCAUGGAACUGCUGUACACCCUUAAUAAUCCUUUGGAUCAUGGAACACCUACUUGCUUCUGUGUGGAUAAGAGAGCACACUGGCUGCUGCUAGGGACUUCCCACGGCGUACUCGAUCUCUGGGAUCUCCGCUUCAAGCUUCGUCUCAAAGCUUGGGUAUGCCACGGAGCAUCACCCAUACACCGUCUCUGUCAAGUUUUCUUCCCCAAGUUGAAGAAGACUCGAUUGUACAUUGCCGGUGGUAGCGAUCAGGGAGAGGUCACAGUAUGGGACUUUGAAAAGCACAUUUGUAAAGAAGUAUAUCGUACGGGAAUGUGCAAAGACAUCGGCAGCAAAAGUACUACACUCAUUGACCUUGACGAAGAGAAGCCUGGUGGUAUGCUUGGCCGCUUUUCUACCAGCGUCGAACCGACAGCUAGCUCGACGGCUGAUCGUGGUAUUCGCGGACUAGCAAUUCACACACAGGCCACCGACGAGAAAGGCGAGCCAAAACACACAUUCCUCCUCACGGCAGGUCCCGACUGGAAAGUCCGGUAUUGGGAUACUAGCCGAACAGAAUCCUCGAUGGUCGUGAGUGGCCUAGAACUUGAUGAGGGUAAACCAACAUAUGUCGCUUCGCAACCAAGCCCGGAUACUGUCGUCGUUACAGAGAGAUUACAGCAGCCUGCUAACCAGGUGAGCAAUGGAAGGGACAGCAGGGCAAGUACUUCAGCAAAGAAGGUACCAGGCAAGUCGUCAAGAUCUGGUGCUAUCGCGUUGCAGCAGCAGUAUUUGCUCAAGAGUCAUGUGGACCGUAUCUUGGAUGUGGCCUUGAUUGAGCAGCCAUACGGCAUGGUUAUCUCAUGCGAUCGGUUGGGGGUCAUCAACCUGUUCAUGUAG